AGUGCAUUCACCAUGUUUUUAGACAUCUUAUUCACAACAAAGCAAUGGUAACAACAAAGGUAUCUGCUUAAUUAUUCUGAGAAAAAUGCCUAUUUGGUGAUUUAUUGUUGAAUGUAAUAUUUUAGGUAUGUUCAGAACGAAACAAAGAUUUAUUAUUUUUGAUCGAAAUAUGAUGGUUUAAAUAAAUAGUAUACAAACCUCGGUAGGAAGUUUCAUUCCUGUCUCGAAAUCAUAGCUAACCUCGAAUCUUCGCGUCUCAGUUAACUAACUAAUCUCUCCCAAGGUCUAUAGAUUACACUAAAGGUCUAAAUUUAUAGAGCUUGAAUCUCUCCAGUCUCGAUACUCGAUGUCGACAACUAAAUGAGUAAAAGUAAAGUUAGGUAAGUAAUGAAAUUCUUCCGACCUGUAUGUAUUUCGUUCGCGCAUGCUUUAUAAUCACACAACAUUCAACAUAACCUCAGUCUGUUGGCGAGUUCUGUUGUGUCAAUUUUCGAAAUUAGUAUCUUUGGCAUUUCGUUAUACCUAGUGUUUUUAGAUGAACUUCUCCUUGAUCUCGAGCUUCAACUUGAAUAUCGAAAAUGUUUCCUGAUACAAGUUCUAGUUCUAGUUCUUCCUCGUCUGAUGAAGAACAAGAAAUGUGUUUGAGAAGGCCGAAAAUCUACAGAAGGAGGGAACAACAUUUUUCAUCGUUGGACGAUAUAGAAUUCUUCGAUCGAUUUCGUUUAACAAAAAGAAGUGUCCUGUGUCUGUUGCAACAAAUUGCAUCCUCAUUAUCAUUUCCAAGCAAUAGAGGUGGAUGUAUAGAACCAAUGCAACAGCUUCUUCUGACAUUGAGGUUUUACGCCACUGGAAAUAUGUUGAUAACGGCAGGAGAUUUCAUUGGAGUUUCGAAAGCGUCUGCUUCAAGGAUAGUCCAAAGAGUUUCUCAAUCCAUUGCUUUACUUCGUCCAAAAUAUAUUGAGAUGUGCGAAGGCGACAUUGAAAUGCAGGCGGAAGCUGAAAAGUUUUACAAAAUUGCUAGAUUUCCUAAAACGAUUGGUGCGAUAGGUUGCACACUCAUCAAAAUCAAAUCUCCAGGUGGUGACGAUACGGAAACAUUUAGAUGUCGGAAGGAUUUUUUUGCUAUGAAGGUGCAAACAGUAUCAGAUUCGGAGCUGAGAAUAAGAGAUAUUGUAGCAAGAUGGCCUGGAUCAGCUCAUAAUCAAACUGUUUUCGACAAUAGUAAUUUAAAAAGGAAAUUUCAGAGUGGUAAAUUUGGACCUUAUCUAUUAGUUGGUGAUAGUAGUUACACCCUUGAACCAUAUCUGAUGACGAAAUUAGUGGACGCUAGAACUGAUUCCGAAAAGCUAUACAAUGAAUCUAUAAUCAAAACGAGAAAUGUUGUAGAAAGAAAGAAUGGGGUAUGGAAACAUCGUUUUCCAAUACUUUCAUCUGGAAUAAGGGUCAAGCUAGAAACCACUUUGGCAAUUAUAGUUGCCAUUGGUGUCCUGCAUAAUGUUGCUUUAGAUAUGAGCGACAUUUUUCCAGAAGAAUGGUCAAGCGAGAUCCAAGAGGAAGAAGAAUCAUUGUGUCAACAUAUUUCGAGCUCUGCUAGUCAAGCAAGACAAUUAAUUAUUAACGAACAUUUUGACGAUAUAUAAUAAGAUGGAUUGUUUUAUUAAUUAUGUUUAUGUUCAAAUAUACCUUUAACAGAUUAUCAAUAUCUACUUUCUUUGAAUUAAUUAUAUUCUUAUUCCAUAUGUUUCCUAGUUCCCCGCACUAAAUAUACUGCUCCACAAAAGUUGAGGAACUUCUAAAAUUUUGUGACUGUUUCAAAAGUCGCCGUUACUUGUCCAACAAAUGUUCAUUUAUGAGAAAUAAAAUGUCUAUUAUCUUAUAUCUGAAUGGUUUUUUGCUCCUUGUUUGAUAUUAUCAGUUUCAGUCAUUUUCUUGUCGUUUGCGUUUCUAAGAAUUUUGGAUCUGUUCUUUUACAGUCUUAUAAUCAACUUUGAUUGAAGAUUUGUUUUGCAAUAAUGCCUAGAUCUAGAUGUAAGCUUAGUGCGGAUGAAGCCAAUAGGCCUAUGGUAUGAUCAAGGCGGGACUUAUCAGAGAGAUGUUGCGAAUUUCUUAAAAAUUAGUGUCACCUCGUUCGCCAGUACUCAAUCCCAUUGAACACGCUUGGGAUCAGCUACAAAGAGCUUCAGAUUCUCACCUCUCCUUAGAAGGCUUUUACCGCA